ACCACGGAAGCCGUGGGCGACCACCAAGAAACUCUGACGUCCACGAGGAGGGUGGAGUGCACCUAGCAGGGUGGAACCAGGGAGGCGUGUCUGGGCGGGCCCGGGAGGCUGUUGACUCCACUCCCACCCCAAUGACCCUGGGGUCCUCUGCUCCUUCAAGGCGAUGGGUUCCCAGCCCCCCAAUUUCUCCUGGGUGCUCCCGGGCCGCCUGGCGGGACUGGCAUUGCCCAGGCUCCCUGCCCACUACCAGUUCCUGUGGGCUCAAGGAGUGCGGCACCUGGUGUCACUGACGGAGCGCGGGCCUCCCAACAGUGACACCUGUCCUGGCCUCACUGUGCACCGGCUCGGCAUCCCAGACUUCUGCCCACCAACUCCAGAGCAGAUCAACAACUUUGUACGCAUUGUGGACGAGGCCAACGCACAGGGAGAGGCAGUAGGGGUACAUUGUGCCCUGGGCUUUGGCCGUACAGGCACCAUGCUGGCCUGCUAUCUGGUAAAAGCGAAAGGCCUGGCAGGGGGCGAAGCUGUGGCUGAGAUUCGGCGACUGCGACCAGGUUCCAUCGAGACCUAUGAGCAAGAGAAAGCAGUUUUCCAGUUCUUCCAACGAACCAAGUAGGGGAAGAUGUGGUACCUUUCUUCCCUCAACUCAUAUGGCGCAUGUACCCAAGAAGUUGGAACCAAAGCCAGCCUAUGCUGUGGAGGAGCAACAGUUGUGGGGGCUUGGGGGGGGGGGGCGGUGGUUAACUGCAGCAAUCAUACCCUAUCUGAAUCAAAAGAGAUACUCCCCUUCCUCUUAGGCAGUGAGACUGGACCUGAAGUUGGGGAUGGCCAGUCUAUGAAUCCCAUCAUAAACAUGUAUACACAAUACAAACCUUGUAGCCUUCAAUAAAAUGAUCAGUGAAACUU